GAAAAUGUUUCUAGAAUGUUUGAAAUCUACAAAAACACGAUCAUCUAGAUCGUUGUGAACAUGCAUGCUCUUAACAUAGAACAAAAUGAAUUAUGAAAGCGGUGUGAAUAUGAGGAAGAAACGAACAUGAAAAAGAGAACUCUUAAAGCGAAAGGAAGAGAAUGAAAAGAAUCUGAACAAAACAGAAGACAGAAGAUCUCUUAGUUUGUUUUUGUUCGUGAGUGUGAUGAGUCGUAAAAAGACGAGGGGCUAAGACAUUUCUUGUAAAUUAAGAAAAUAUUGAUUUGUCUUGUUUAAUAUAAGUGGGCCAUUGAAGUCAAAAUGGCCAGUUUUCUAAAAGCUAAAGAUGCUUCUCUAAUAUUUUUGCUCCUAUUUUUAAUAAAUACUAUUGUAAGUGCUCAACAAAAUCCUAGAAUAAGGAAUCAAAGACCGGGAAUUUCAAGAACACGUGUUCAACAAAGACCAAAUGUAAGAUUACAUCCAUGUGAACAAAGUAGUUGUUAUCCCGCAACUGGCAAUUUACUCAUUGGAAGAGAGAAUAGACUUACUGCUUCUUCCACUUGUGGUGUAGGUCAAAAAGAAAAAUUUUGUAUAGUGUCGCAUUUAGAAGAGAAAAAAUGCUUCAUCUGCGAGACUAAUCCUUACACUGAAAAUAGGCCACAGGAAAAUCAUCGAGUUGGACAGAUAAUUUACAAAUAUAGACCCGGAACUCUUGAACCAACAUGGUGGCAAUCCGAAAAUGGAAAAGAAAAUGUUACUAUUCAAUUGGAUCUUGAAGCUGAGUUCCACUUUACUCACUUGAUUAUUGUUUUUGCAACGUUUCGUCCUGCUGCUAUGUUAAUUGAACGUUCUUAUGAUUUCGGCAAGACAUGGCAUGUGUACAGAUAUUUUGCAGCUAAUUGUGAAGAGUCAUUUCCACAUGCAUUGGUUGAAAGUGAAUCAAAGAAUAUUACGGAUGUUGUGUGCGAUCACAGAUACUCUAAUGUAGAACCAUCGAAAAAUGGUGAAGUCAUUUUCCGUGUACUUCCACCAAGCAUGAAUAUUGCAAAUCCCUACGCUGAUCACGUACAAAAUAUGUUAAAGAUGACAAAUUUGAGAAUAAACUUUACUAAGCUUCAUACACUCGGAGAUACUCUUUUGGAUGAUCGAUCAGAAAUUCAAGAAAAGUAUUACUACGGUAUUUCUAAUAUGGUUGUUCGUGGUUCCUGUUCAUGUUAUGGUCAUGCAUCUCGUUGCUUGCCUUUGGAUGGAUUUGAGACACAAAAUGACAUGGUUCAUGGAAGAUGCGAAUGUACACAUCACACUAAGGGUUUAAAUUGCGAGUUUUGUGAGGAUUUUUUCAAUGACUUACCAUGGAAGCCAGCUCUUGGAAAGCAAACAAAUGCUUGUAAAAAAUGUAACUGUAAUAACCAUGCCACAAGUUGUCACUUUGAUCAAGCUGUUUAUGAGCAUUCAGGAAGAAUAAGUGGUGGUGUUUGCGAUAACUGUGAACACAACACGCAAGGUCAACAUUGCGAACAGUGUAUACCAUUCUUCUAUCGUGAUCCAAAUGAAGACAUUCAAAGUCCUUAUGCUUGCAAGCCAUGUGAUUGCGAUCCAUUAGGUAGUUUGGAUGAAGGAAUUUGUGACUCAACAUCAGAAGGCGAUGUUGAAGCAGGAGCUUGUCACUGUAAAACAAAUGUUAAAGGACGUCGUUGUGAUUAUUGCAAGGAAGGAUUCUGGAACAUGACAUCGGAAAAUCCAGAUGGUUGUGAAUCAUGUACGUGUAAUAUUCUUGGAACAGUUGACAAUUUGGGAUGUAACUUCUAUACUGGAGAAUGUACUUGCAAACGUUUGGUAAUGGGCAAGGAUUGUAAUCAGUGCAUGCCAGAAACAUAUGGAUUAUCUGAAAGUCAAGAUGGAUGUACACCAUGUAAUUGUGAUGCCGGUGGCUCUUUAGAUAAUAAUUGUGAUGUCAUUACUGGACAAUGUAAAUGUAGACCAUAUAUGCAAGGAAGAGAUUGUAGUGAACCAAAACAAAAUCAUUUCAUUCCAACUUUACAUAUCAUCACAGAAGCUGAAGGAUCCAAUACAGUUUGUGAGAGUGGUUCAUCAUAUAACUGCUCAAUUGUCAUUAGAGAUCAGAAUAUUGAUCGACCAUCAUGGACUGGUCCAGGAUUUUUAAAAGUAUAUGAAGGUGGUGAUCUUAGUUUCACAAUCGAUGGAGUUCCUAAAACAAUGAAUUACGAUGUAGUGCUGCGAUAUGCACCACAACAACGAGGUAACUGGGAGGAUGUUCGAGUAAGUCUUGUACGACCUGAUGGAAUUGGUCAGGGAAGUGAAUGCUACAAUAUAAAACCAUUAGAGGAACAAGAAAUGUCUCUUCGUUUGAAUGAUUAUGAAACAAAAGCAAUUGCACUCGCAGAUCUUUGCUUAGAAGAAGGAAGAACGUACAAAUUUUUGUUCUCAUUCAAUCGCCAGAGCCCUUAUGAACCAAAUCCAAAGGCCCAGAUUUUAAUUGAUUCGCUUGCAUUGAUACCACGAAUUGAAGUGACAUCAAUUUUUACUGGGUCACAAAUUGCCAACACUCGUGCAGAUGAUUAUCAAUAUUACAGAUGUAAUGAAUCGUACUAUGACAUAUCUUUGGAUUCUGCAUUAGGAAAGUGCAAAGAACUCUGGGAUUUGACUGCAAAAUACUUCUAUAAUGGUGCUACUCCUUGUGACUGUAAUCCAACGGGUUCAAUUAGUAAGCAGUGCGAGAAAAAUGGAGGGUACUGUACUUGCAAAAGUCAAGUAAUUGGUCGUCAAUGUGAUAGAUGUGCACCAGGAACUUAUGGGUUUUCUCCAAAUGGAUGCCAACAUUGCGAAUGCGACAGUUUUGGUGCCAAAGAUGGUGAAUGUGACUUAAUUACUGGACAGUGUAAUUGUCGUCAAAAUACUUAUGGUCAAAAAUGUAAUCAAUGUCAAAUUGGAUAUUGGGGCUUCCCAAAUUGUAAACCAUGCAACUGUAAUGGACAUGCACCAGCAUGUGAUGCUACAUCAGGAGAGUGUUUGAAUUGUCAAGACUAUACAACUGGAUAUAAUUGUGAUCGCUGUAUAGAAGGCUAUUACGGAGAUCCAUUACUUGGAAGUGAAAUUGGAUGUAGACCAUGUAGAUGUCCCGAUACAAUUGCAUCAGGUCAUACACAUGCAUCUCAAUGCGCUCUUAUUCCAAGCUCAAAUGAUGUAAUUUGUUAUUGUGAACCAGGAUAUACAGGAGCUAAGUGUGAUGUUUGUGACAAUAAUUAUUUUGGCAAUCCCGAAAAACCUGGUGGUUCUUGCAAUUCAUGUAAUUGUACAGGCAAUAUUGAUCUCCAUCAAUCAGGAAAUUGUGAUGCGAAAUCAGGAAAAUGUAUGAAAUGUUUGUAUGACACAGAUGGUGAUCAUUGUGAAUAUUGUCGUGAUGGAUUUUAUGGUGAUGCCGCUAGACAAGAUUGUAGAACAUGUGAAUGUGAUGUGUUAGGUACCAAAGCUGGACAACAUUGCGAUCGCUUCACAGGACAGUGUCCAUGUUUACCUAAUGUUGUGGGUAUGCGUUGCGAUCAGUGCUUGGAUAAUCAUUGGAAAAUUGCCAGCGGAGAAGGAUGUGAAGCUUGUAACUGCGAUGAAGUUGGAGCAUAUAGCGAACAGUGCAAUCCGUUCGAUGGUCAAUGCCAAUGUAGACCUGGUUUUGGAGGAAGAGCUUGCGAUCAGUGUGAAUCAAACUUCUGGGGUGAUCCGAAUGUUGAAUGCAAAGCUUGCGAUUGUAACACUUACGGUUCAUCAAAAUACCAAUGUGACCGUGAAACUGGACAAUGUUCAUGUAUUAAAGGAAUUGGUGGCUACAAGUGUGAUCAAUGUGCAAGAGGUUAUUUGGGUGAGGCACCAUACUGUUCUCCGUGCGGCGAAUGUUUCGAUAAUUGGGAUGAUAUUCUUACUAAUUUGAAAUCCGAAACCGAUGAGAUAAUUGAGAAAGCUAAGAAAAUCAAGACACAAGGUGCGACAGGAGCUUAUACCAAAGAGUUUGAAGAUAUUGAAAAGAAGAUUGAAAAGAUUCGUGGUAUAUUAAGCAACACAGUUGUUAGUACAAGAGACAUCAAGAAGAUUAAUGAAAAAAUUGACAAGUUGCGCCAGCGUUUAGAAGAUUCUGAACAAAAACUUAAGGAAACAGACACAGUUUUGGAUAAAUUGAAUGAGGAAAUGAACUUAGCAGGAGCGGAAAUCACUAAUCUAGAAGAGAAGAGCGAUAAAAUCAAAGCAUUAGCAAAUGCAUUGAAAGAAAAUGCAACAACACUCCAGGAGGCAAACAUUGAGGGAGCAUUGAACCUUACUCGUGAUGCUUACUCUCGUGUACAAGGAUUAUCUACAAUUUAUGGAGAAACUACCGAUUUAAAUUCAGAAGCUGAUCGACAAUGUAAACGAAUUGAAAGUCUUAUUACUCGUCAAUCUGAAACGGAAGGAGUUUUAGCUACAAACGAAAAACAAAUUGAAGAUCUACAGAAGAGCUUGGAUGAACUUAAUGCUGAAAUUCCAGACCUAAAUGAACAAAUUUGUGACAAACGUGGUAAUCCUUGUGAUUCAUUGUGUGGUGGUGCUGGAUGUAAUAAAUGUGGAGGAAUUUCAUGCGAAAAAGGUGCGUUGACAAAAGCAGAAACAGCAUUGAAUUACGCCAAAGACACUGAGAAAAUAAUUAAGGAAAAAGAACAACAAGCUGAUGAACUUAUUAGAUCAGUUUCGCAUGCCAAAACAGAAGCUGUCGAGGCUUACAAAAAGGCAAAGGAAACCUUUGAUAAAGUUGAACAAACCUUUAAUAACACUGAAUCUAUGUUAGACGAAGGCCGUGGAUUAAUUACUAGUUUAACAAAUAUUCUUUCGAAUAAUACUGCAUCACCAGCAGAAAUCAAAGAAAUUGCUGAGGGUGUCUUAAAACUCGAUUUACAUUUAGAUCCUGAUGAAAUUAAACAUUUGGCAAACGAUAUAGAUAAGACAGUAGCAGAACUAGAAAAUGUUGAAACUAUCAUUGAAAAUACACAACAUGACUUGGAAAUGGUUGAGAAGCUUAAGAUUGAUGCUGUUGAAGCACAAAAGAGAGCAAGUGAUGUAUUGAAACGUGCAAUGGAAGUCAACAAAGCCCUUGAAGAAGCAGAAACAGCACAGAACGCAGCAAGAGAUGCCAUUAAAAAGGCUAAUGAUGAUAUUGCUUCAGCCAAGACGGACUUGGAAGAUAUAAACACUGACGCAGAAAGUGCUAAGAGCAAUGUCGAUGAAACAGCAGCAGCUGUUGACAACUUGCAGACCAAAUUGAGCAAGCUUCAAAAGAAAUUCAUCAAAAAUACACACGAUGCCAAGGAAGUAAAGAGUCAGGCAGAUGUUGCAAAGGAAUUAUCAAGUGUUACUCAUGAAAAAGCCAAUAAGUUGAAAGAUCAAUACAACGAAGCCAACGAUAAAUUGAACUCAAAGGCUCAAUCUACAGAAUAUGCUCGAGAAAAGGCCCAGCAAUUACUUCAAAGAGCAUUCAAAAUCACAGUCGAUACAAACGGCAAAUUAAAAGAACUUAAAGAAAUGGUCAAUAUAACAUCGUCAAAUGAUGCUGAACUAUCGGAAAUGGAACAAAAAAUAUUGAGACUUAAUGGAGAAAUUGAUGCUUAUAUUCAACGUAUAAGAGAUCAUGCUGAUCGUUACCGAACAUGUACUUCCUAAAAAGAAGCUAAUCUAUUGUUGAACAAAAGAUUAGCAAAGUUACAACACAGAGACAAUUAUUUAUGAAUAAAUUUCCUAUGUUCAUAUUUUUGAAAUGUUCAAUAGACUUGCCAGUGCCAAAUUCUUAAAUUAUAAGACAUCAUCGCAAAGGAAUCAUAACUAAUUUUUUUAAAAAUUUCAUUGUAAUUGAAAUAGCCUUAAUUAGUGAUAUAAAAUGUAGUACCAUUGACACAACAAUUAGUUUAAAGGAAUUUUUUUACUUGAGCUCAAGAAACAUAUGAGAAUCACCGAUAUUUUUGCCAUAUAUAUAAUAUGUUGAUAAAGUGAGACAAAUAUUUUUAAAUAAUAAUAAUAAUAAUAAUAAUACGAAUAAUCAAGGAAAGAUGAUGAAGUUCCUAUUGCCAUAAAUUUCUCAUGAAAACCUCAGUGGUAAAAAAAAAUAAAUAAAAUCCACAAAAUGUUUAAACCAAAUCCACUUGUUUUAUUUUUUGACUGCUGCUUGUCUUCAUGAUGAAAAUUAUAACAGUAAGAAUUUCAUUUACUCUUCUUGCCGAUAACUUAAUUUCUUAAAGUUACUACUGCCAUAUAUUUUUAAUAAAAGAGCUAAUAAAAGUGUUUAAUUAGCGAAAUAUUUGUAAUUCAUUCAUAAUUUUAAGAGGAAAGAAAUAAAAACA